AUGUUGUGCGCGCGUGUGCGCGUGUGGGUGUUUGUGUUUGUCAUCGGGUAUUGCGAUCCUGGCGCCCUGACGCCAGCGCCAACACCGAACGUUCAUAGAACCGUCUCUGCCACUUUUGCUUCUGGCCACGUGGAGUCCACUUGGAGACUUCCACACGCCGCAAGUGGCUGUGACCUCUCGAGGUACCCUGCAGUCUUCGGCGAGGGGUACGCUAUCGUGGCAAGCUGCAGCUUCUCCUCCGUGUUUCAUCUCCCGCGUCCUGCCGCCCCGCCCUGCUUGUCCCCUGGUGUCUUGUGUAGGCCGCAGCACUUCAUGAGGUAA